AUUAGCAUUGCUCAGAAUAGAAGCAGAAUUUAAAGAAUUAGUCUACAGCAGUAAUGAAAAAGUCUCUUUAUUAUGUGAAAAUGAGAGUUUUAUUCUUGUGUAUACGCUUACCUUAUUAGAUGGUUAUUAUAAAAAUCAUACUUAUGUGUUUAAUAUUAACAUACCACAGAAUUAUCCAUUCAGUCCUCCAAAACCUGUCUGUAUAACAAAAGUACUGCACCCAUCAAUUGAUGACUUAGGAAGGAUUUGCUUAAACAUAACGAGAGAGGAUUGGUCUGUACAGCAAACUCUGCAAGUGGUAAUAUUUGGAAUAUCUUCAAUAUUUUAUGAUGUACCAACUGAGAAUCCAUUCAAUCAGAAAGCGCAUUCUUUAUUAAUGAAGAAUCCUUCUGAUUUUAUAAAAGAGGUGAAUUUAGUAUAUAAUAGUAAUAAAAUAUAAUACACACUGUGUAAAAAAUAAAAAUAAAAUGAGCA